GCCGCGAGAUGUUAUUUUGUAGUAGCGCUGCUCGCCUCCUCUCUCUGUUACUAGUAAUAUUAUACGUGCCUAUAUAGCGAAAUGUCGGCUCUCAACAGUUUUGUCUCGGUGUAGGGCCGCAACGGCAGCCGCGGAGCGUCUCGCCAGCACGCAACAACAUACAUAUACGCGGUAGUGCAUCAACGAAUCGAUUCGUCGUGGUGUGUCGUGUGUUCGAGGCGCGAGAUAGCCUUUGUUUACAUCUCUCCGCGCGCGCACAUAAGCUACGGGACAGUAGUGAGGCGACGAUCCGCAGUCAACGCAAAGCGUAGUCGACCUGUCGUGGCUGUGCUCCAGCACGGGGCCCCCGCGUGGCAGUAGCAGCAUAACAACACUGUGCCCCCAAAAGCUGGCGGGGUUAUAUUGUAUACAUACACGACCGAUCGACAACUUCAACCUAUAGGACUGCUGUUUGAUAUCCAGUAGUGCAGCAGGAAGAUGAACAAGAGGAGAAGGACCUCGUCUGUGGCCAGUCGAGGUACUGAGGAUGAUCCCGACGACGUCAUGCCAGAGCCAUCCAAGAGAAGGAAAAAACUGGAUCCUGUGAGUCUAGCCAGCGACUUGUGCCAUCAGCUAUACGAUGCCAUCAGGACAUACAAGAAAGACGAUGGGUCAUUACUGUGUGAUGCAUUUAUCCGAGUUCCUAAAAGACGACAGGAACCAAGCUAUUAUGAAGUUGUGACCAAUCCAAUGGACUUUUUGAAGGUCCAGCAAAAAUUAAAAACAGAUGAGUACAAAGAUAUGGAUGAAUUAGCUGUUGAUAUACAGUUAAUGGUUUCCAAUGCCAAAGCAUUUUACUCGCGUACUUCUCAAGAAUACAAAGAUGCAAUCGAACUGUGGGAUUUAUGUAUAAGUACAAAAAAUCGAAUAUCGGAAGAAAACGAAGAAGAACCAACUCGAGGAAGGCCUAGAUCAAGAAAAACUAUUAGCAGACAUGACGAUGCAGAUGAUGCAAUAGAAAAUACGAUAAAUUCUGAUGAAGAUAUACAAGCGUAUGAAGAUUUAUAUGCAACAGUUAUGUUAGCUACAGAUCCUGCAGAUAGUACAAGGACUCUUAAUGUCCCAUUUCUUCUUAAACCAUCAAGAAAGCUUUAUCCAGAGUACUAUGAAGUUAUAGAAAAUCCCAUUGAUCUCAAAACAAUUGCUACAAAAAUUAUUGACAAUUCUUACCAUAAUAUCGGCGAGUUAGAGAGGGAUUUAUUGUUAAUGUGUCGAAAUGCAUGUAACUUCAAUGAACCUGGUUCUUGGAUUUAUAAAGAUGCGAAAUUACUAAAGAAGAUAAUUACUGCAGCAACCAAAAAAAGUGUUGAUGGAGGGGGAUUAAAGUCAUCUGUAAGAGGUAAACGAGGAAGUCGUUCAACUCAUGCUCUAGUAGCACAGGCAGCUGCAAUGAAAGAUGAAGAUGAAGAAAGUGACGAUGAGGAAGAAGAUCCAUUAGAUACUGAAGAAAGUGAUAAUCCUCAGUGGCAACUCUUUCAAACAAUCCGAACUGCUCCUAAUAAUACAGGUUUGCGAAUGAGUGAGUUUUUUUGGACUUUACCAUCAAAACAGUUGUAUGCUGAUUAUUAUAAAAUGAUAAAAAAUCCAAUAUCUUUAUUACAAAUUCGUAAAAAAAUUAAGAAUGGUGAUUAUGAUACUGUAAAUGAAGUUGCUGCAGAUAUGAAUCUAGUUUUUGAAAAUGCCAAAAAGUAUAAUGUACACACAUCAAGAUUAUAUAAGUUUGCUGUCAAAUUACAAAAAGUAAUGCAAGAAAAAGUUCAAGAGUUAUCAGAAUUGGACCCGGAGUCUGAAUCCGAAGAAGAGAGCGAAAUUCACUCUCAUCCUAGGCUAAUGAAAAGAGCUUCGAACUUACUUACUCGAGGAAAAUACAAAGACAAUAUCCCUUUGAAGAAAAGAUUGCACAAACUCGUUAAAUGCGUCGUGGAACAUCUCACUGAAGAUGGAAGGCAGCCAAUAAUGAUGUUUUUAGAGAAACCUUCAAAGAGAGAUUAUCCGGAUUAUUAUCAAGUUAUUGCUGAACCAAUGGAUAUGUUAACUAUUGAAUCUAAUAUUAAAUCUGAAAAAUAUCACACUGAUGCCGAACUAGUUCAAGAUCUGAAGCUUAUGUUUAAAAACUGUAAACAAUACAAUGAAGUAGGAUCACAAAUUUACGACGAUGCAAAAAUGCUUGAAAAAGUAUUGAUGGAAAAAGUCAAAGAAUUUGGUGGGUUUUUGCCUUACAUGCACAGAACAAAAUCUGAAACUUCAACGCCGACUAGAAAUGUUGGACGACCCAAAAAAGUGGUGCCUUUACACAUGCAAAAAUUGCGUACCAUGUACGAUACAGUUAAAGAUUAUUGUGAUGCCAAAGGACGACAAUUAUCAUCUAUAUUUAUGAAAUUGCCAAAUAUUAGAGAGUAUCCCGAUUAUUACGAAGUUAUCAAGAAUCCAAUUCAUAUGGAAAAGAUCGCUGCUAAUUUAAAAGCGAAUGCUUAUGACAAUAUGGAUGAACUUGUUGCUGAUUUGUUAUUGAUGUUUGAUAAUGCUUGCAAAUACAACGAACCAGAUUCGCAAAUAUACAAGGAUGCUCUUACAUUGCAAAGAUUAGUACUGCAAAACAAAUUACAGCUCACCGAAGAUGAAGACAGCGUACCUGAUGUUGCUGCUGCUGUUCAAGAAAUCUUAGCUUCAAUUUUUACUGCUACUUAUAACCAUCAAGAUAAUGAAGGGCGUUGUUAUUCAGACUCAAUGGCGGAAUUACCAGAGCAUGACAUUAUCGAUGGGAAAAAAGUACGAGGCUUGUCCCUGGAUUUAAUUAAACGACGCUUAGAUAAAGGUGUAUAUAAAAGACUUGAUCGUUUUCAAGAAGAUGUGUUCAAUUGCUUAGAAAGAGCCAGAAAAUUAUCCCGAACGGAUUCACAACCAUUUGAAGACAGUGUUGAAUUACAAGCUUUCUUCAUUAAGACUCGAGAUGAUGUCACUAAAAAUGGUGAUUUAUUACAUUCUUCAGCUCUAAAUUAUACUCUUUUAGAAUUUGGUGCUCAAGUGUCAGAAUUGAGGAAAAUCAAAACAACACAAGAAGCAACUAUGUCAAAUGAGGAUGAAAGCUGUGAUGCCAAUGAUAAAGAUGCAGAUGGAAAUAACAGUAUAUUCAAUAGUGACAAUGGAGGUGCAAUAAUUUACAACCAAGAAACUUAUAGAGCUAGUGACUUUGCUUACAUAGAGCCAUCAGAGCGCGGGAUGGAAAAAAGUAUAAUUCUUAUUGAAAGGUUUUGGACAAACAGUGAUGGACAGCAAAUGCUAUAUGGUAAUCUUUUUUAUCGUCCAAGUGAGACUUACCAUGUGGCUUCUAGAAAAUUUUUGGAUAAAGAGGUGUUCAAAAGCGAUUCCCAUGUUGCUGUACCGAUAACGAAAAUUUCUGGAAAAUGCUGUGUUUUGAAUGUGAAAGACUAUUUUCGAUGUUUGCCCGAAGGUUUUUUGGAAAAAGAUGUAUAUGUUUGCGAAUCAAGGUAUUCAACAAAAGUUAGGGCAUUUAAAAAGAUUAAGAGUUGGAACUUUGAUUCUGAUCAUUUAAAGCUUGUAUUAAGAGAAAAACCACUAGAACCAAAGAGAGUUAUAUCUGUUUACAAAGAUAGACUAGAAAAACAUAAAGAAGAAAUUGCUGAACUCGAAGAAGGAGAGAAGUUAGUUGAGAAGGAUAUACCAAAUGUGAUGGUUUUCAAUCCCAAUGAUACAGAUAACACUUAUUAUGAACAAUAUAAUACAUGUGUUGGACCCGUAAAAUUGGGUGAUUUUGUCUAUGUAGCUACUGAUGGAGGAAGACAACAAGUGGCUCAAGUUGAUUCUAUAUGGUCAACAAAAGACGAUAAAUGCUAUUUCAAAGGACCAUACAUACUCAGUCCUUCAGAAGUUACUCAUGCACCUUCAAAAUGUUUUUACAAGCAAGAAAUGUUUCUAUCAACAGUUGAUGCCACACAUCCUAUUGUUGCUAUUGUGGGAAAAUGUGCAGUACUUGAUCGUGGAGAAUACAGUUGCAGUCGGCCAACGGAAAUUCCCGAGGACGAUGUUUUCAUAUGUGAAUCCCUGUUUGACGAAAAUAAGAGCAUGAUUAAGAAACUUAACGAUAAUGGUUUGAAAAAGUAUAAUCAUUCUAAGCAAGUGAUGACGGACGAAAUUUAUUUCUUCCGGAAACCAAUUAACCCUACUAAGGUUCCAAAUGAUCCCACUCAUUUGUUGAGUCACAAUAAGUCCACUGGAUCAACAUCUAGCCAAUACGAAAUGGAUGGCUCACCGUUCACAACAAAGAUGGAAACGGAUGUACUAGGUAUCGGAGACGACAGUUUGGAUGCUCCACCAUCGGUAAGCUCCGUGGAUACUCAACCGGUGCUCUCCAACUCCCAUACGCCCGUGACGUCAAAGAAGAAAACACCUGGAAGAAAAGUAUUGACGGGCUACAUAAUGUACUCGAGCAAAAUGCGCACGACCAUUACUCAAAAUAAUCCAGAUUCUACUUUUGGAGAAAUUAGUAGAAUGGUUGGAAACGAGUGGAGAAAGUUGACUCCAGCAGAAAAAUCGAUGUGGGAAGAACGAGCUUCAAAAUUGAACGACGAAGGUGGCCCAGUUAGAGGUACACUAUCUGCUAAUCAAAUGCAAGAUAUAAUAUUUGAAUGCUGCUGGGACAAUUGUGACUACCAAUUUGAAGAUAUGGCUGACUGUAUAGAACAUAGUGUCGCGGAACAAGGUGGCCAUGUGCAAACAUUUUUCAAUAACACCGGUGAGUACUUAUUUCUAAAUAUUUUUAAUAAUUCUGAAAAAAAACCUUCAAGUUGUGAUAUUUUUUAUUUAGAUAUUGAGUAUCAAUGUCAAUGGCGAGGUUGUGGUAGAAUGAAAAAACCAGUUCCUCCCUUUCCUAGUGUACAAAGACUGGCAAGACAUGUAAAAGAAGUUCACAUAUUAAAGUCCAAUGGAAAGUACCUUCCUCCAGUAGAAAGGAGCAAAAACUUUGUACCUUCUAAGGGAACAUCAUUGUUAUCCUCUCCUAUGGAAGCAGAAACGACUGCUGCUGCUACACAAACAAAUAAUGCACCUGUCGCCAAACAACCUGAAAAUCUUUUCAUUGCUGUACCUCCUCGUCCGAGUCGCGUAUUACAUUCAGAAGCUUACUUAAGGUACAUUGAAGGUUUAACUACAGAAAAUCGAUAUGUUACCAAUUGGGAUAAACAGCUCAAUGCAACACAAGAAAAUACACCAACACCCGAAGUUUCAAAACUACCAGCAGAAUGGUUAGGUAAUGGUGUGGGCAAUCAUGGGAAUGUGGUUAAUGCCCUGUGGAAUUUGAGAAAUAUGAUGAUGCGGGAUGUACUAACCAUUAACAAAACACUAUAGUCUUGUACAUUACAUAGCUGUAUAUUAUAUUAAAAUUUAUCAAAAUUGCUGUUUGAUGUAUUAUAGGAUGCUAUCAUGAGUUCUUGAAUGCAGAUGGCAUUGAAAGACUGAAGUAGUUUAAAAAAAUUUUUUUCAUCGUUCAGUUAAGUAGUUGGAGCACAAUUUGUUUUUUCAUGGUAUAUUUCAUUUCUCAUUUGUAAUAAAACUCCGCGUAUUAGUUUUGUAAGUAACGUGUACAUUGGACCAUUGUAUACAUGUAAAUUACAGUUGCCUUCAUUAUGUGAAAUGCUUUAUGACGAGUAAUUUCUAAAAUUAAAGCAAACGAUUGACAUAAACAUAUGACUAAAUGUAUCAAAAUAUAUAUUAACGUACAUAAAGUUAAUAAUUAAGUUAUCAUAUGUGUUUCGAGGAUCUGUCUACUGUUUACUAUAUUAGUAAGUAUAGUAAUACAGCAAAAAAAAAUAAGUUGCAGAGUAUUUUAUGAUUGGAUUAGCUUCUUUCGGUUAUGAUUACUGAGUUCAAAUCAUAUCCGAAAAAGUUAAACUUUCAGUAAAUAAAACUAUAAUAAAAUUUGUUACGAUUGUGAAAUAUUAGUUAAAUUAGAUAUUAAUGAACAAUAAAACAAUGUUUAAAUACAUUUCUAGCACAUUAA